UCGAAGUAGCGAAGAUAACAAUCGUUAGCUGCAUUGGGCAUUCGGCCAGCCGAAAUACCCUUCGACUGUUGCCAUCGAGCGUCAUCAGUGCCUGCGAUCGCGCAAAAUGCAGGCAAAGAAACGCUACGUUCUAGUGAUAAUCUGUUGCGCUUUCCUGGCGUACUGUUACCUGGGAGGUUAUCGUCUGAAAGGAUUGCAAACGCUGUUCCGAAUGCGGGUUCGUAAAAAUCCGGACAAUUUACCAUGCUAUCACCAGCUGCACUACCAGUACACCGAUAGUACGGAGUCAACCGAGCAUACUCAAUCGCUACCAGACGAUGAUUGGUUUACUGCUCCGGCGUACGAAUCGCGAUCCCACGACCUAGCCCCGCAACCGUCUUUCCAAGGAGGUGCAAUUCGAAGAGUGACUGAUGAAGGAAGUGCAACGUUCAAAUCAUGUCGCAUGGAAACCUGCUUCGAUUUUAGCAAAUGUAGCGAUAAGAACUUUUACGUUUAUGUGUACCCACCGGAGCCAUUGAACUCGCUCGGAGCUCCCCCGCCAAUUAGUCAGAACUAUCAAAAAAUCAUUUCGGCCAUUCAAGAAAGCCGUUAUUACACGACCGAUCCCGAACAAGCUUGCCUGUUCGUACUCGGUAUCGAUACACUCGAUCGAGAUUCGUUGAGUGAGGAUUUUGUGCGCAAUGUGCCGUCUCGCCUGCAACGGUUGUCUCACUGGAACAAUGGGCGAAAUCAUAUCAUAUUUAAUCUAUACUCUGGCACUUGGCCUGACUACAACGAGAAUGGGCUCGGGUUUGAUCCGGGUCAAGCGAUCCUUGCUAAGGCGAGCAUGAGCGUCCAGUCGCUGCGGCCUGGUUUCGACGUUAGCAUUCCGUUGUUUCACAAACAGUUUCCUCUGCGUGGUGGUAAUACUGGUUUCGUGGUCAGCAACAACUUUCCGGCCAACAAAAAGUAUCUGCUAGCCUUUAAAGGAAAAAGAUAUGUCCAUGGCAUUGGUUCUGAGACUCGAAAUUCAUUGUUCCAUUUGCACAAUGCCCGAGAUUUUGUAUUGGUUACAACAUGCAAACAUGGAAAAAGCUGGCGAGAUCUACAAGAUGCUCGAUGUGAUGAAGAUAAUCGAGAAUAUGAUAGAUAUGACUACGAAACUUUGUUACAAAAUUCAACAUUUUGUCUUGUACCAAGAGGACGUCGAUUAGGAUCAUUUAGGUUUCUUGAAGUGCUACAAGCAGGCUGCAUACCAGUGUUGCUUUCAAACUCAUGGGUAUUACCUUUUCAGUCAAAAAUAGACUGGAAACAAGCAGCUAUUUGGGCAGAUGAGAGACUGUUACUGCAAGUACCGGAUAUCGUACGGUCCGUCUCAACAAGCCGUAUAUUAGCUUUACGUCAGCAGACGCAAGUGCUUUGGGAGCGUUAUUUUAGUUCUAUCGAGAAAAUAAUUUUUACAACAUUUGAGAUUAUCCGUGAGAGACUACCAGACUAUCCCCAUCGGAACGGACUGAUAUGGAAUACGUCCCCGGGUGCUCUGUUGACAAUUCCAACCUUUUCCGAUACUCAUCACCGAUUUCCGUUCCUGCUGGAUAAACUUGGCCUUGCGCCCGGACUGAAUUAUACCGCCGUUAUAUUUGUACAGAUCGGUUCACAGCUUACACCAAACACGGCUUUAUACAAGCUAGUCAAAAGUAUUACCAAAAGCCAAUACAUAGAUAAGAUUAUAAUUCUGUGGGCAACCGAUAGAUCCGUACCGCCGAAGAAACGUUGGCCAUCGACAGGUCACAUUCCACUGCACAUCAUAUCGGGCAGCACGAGCGAAGAUCGGCCAAGCAUAUCCCAAAGAUUCUAUCCCCACGAACAGAUCGAGACUGACGCCGUUUUGUCACUGGACGAGGACGCUAUAUUGAACACUGACGAGCUAGACUUUGCUUAUCAGGUGUGGCGCGAUUUUCCAGAUCGAAUAGUUGGCUAUCCGGCAAGGGCACAUUUCUGGGAUGAUUCCAAGAACGCCUGGGGCUAUACAUCCAAAUGGACAAACUAUUACUCCAUCGUACUAACUGGUGCCGCGUUUUACCAUCGAUACUAUAACUAUCUAUAUACGAAUUGGCUGUCGUACCUUCUGCUAAAAACGGUACAACAAUCGUCCAACUGUGAAGACAUUCUCAUGAAUCUUCUUGUUUCGCAUGUUACACGUAAACCUCCAAUUAAAGUAACACAAAGAAAAGGCUACAAGGAUCGAGAGAGCGGGAGAUCGCCAUGGAACGAUCCAGAUCAUUUCAUACAAAGACAAAGCUGUCUGAAUACUUUUGCUGCAGUUUUUGGUUACAUGCCUUUACUUAGAUCGAACCUGCGACUAGACCCAGUACUGUACCGAGAUUCAGUAUCAAAUUUAAGGAAAAAAUAUAGACAGAUAGAAUUAGUUGGUAGCUAGCGAUUUUUGUAUAUUUAUUAAAUUAGGUUUUAUGUCAUCUUCACGAACAUCGAACAACCAAACGAUUCGCUCAAUCCCAUGCUAAUCAAACCCACGAACGAACGUUCGUGUUUUUGUUAUGUUAUUGAAAAACAGGUUGAUUAUAUUGCAGCCAGUAAAAUUUCGCCUUUUUAAUUUAGUUCCAGGUGAGAAUAGACAGACGAGAGAGGAUAGGCAAAUGGGAUUUAAUCUUAAAAAAGUAUUGUUAAUUCCACUACACUAGAAACGAAGUGAUUAACAUUGAUCAAUCAAAAGAGCAUAUUUAGCUAAGAGAGAAAAAUAUUAUCACUUAUGGUGUUAGUACGCAAUAUUUGCUUUUAAGUUUGUUGAACUAGUCGGAAUUAGGGGAUGCUAUGCACAACUCAAUGUCUGCAUACCCUACACAUAUUGUGUACAGAUAUAGAAUAAAAAUGGGAAAUUUCAAAGCGAUUUAUCAAUUAAACCAAAAUGUAAAAAAAUCAUUAACAUACACGGAACGCAUUUAAAUUGCAGCAUACAACAAAUAAUUUUCGUAAACCCGUGGGAGACGCUUAACGGAUGAAUGUAAUAUCCGUGAUGUAGGAUGUUAGCGAAUAAGUAGAAAAUUGUAUAGCAAUUUGUUAAAUGUGUUAAUCGAAAUCGAACGCAUGUUUAGAAAAAAGAGCUUUAGUCAGGUUUGUACCGUUUGCAGCAAAAGCGAAAAACAAGUUGUGAACAUAUUGAACGCGAGAUUCACGAACAGAUAUUCCGUUUUAUUGCUACGAACAUAGGCCAAUGAAAUUCGAAUGCGAAAAUGCAUUAGUACAGCUAUAUUACGUACAUCGUGUGUUAUCUUACAACACAACACAAUCGUUGCCAUCUAUGUAGUGUGCAGGAAAUAGAGUAGUUAGCGAAGCUGACAAUUCCUAAUGCAUCGACUUUCGUUUGUAAAAACUUUCUUGAAUAUAAGAAACUUGUUUAAUCGUUCUCUAGGAUACGUACAGAUG